ACAGCAGUUCCAGAACCACAGCAGCUCCAGAGAUUCACUCUUGUUACGAUACUGGACGUCUCAGUAUCUCACAGUAUGAAGCGUUCAUCUGAACUGCCCUCCCUCCCCCAGUCACCAUCCCAGAUACAUUCUGAUCUGUACCAGAUGGUUCUGCAAAAUAAACACUUUCCACCCAUCAUGCAGAACCCGUCCUGGACUCUGGCGGCUCCGUUUAAGGAUGAGAGACGGUACAGGACCCCCAGCGAGUGUAUCGGCAACAACUACAGCCCACGGGCACGACAUCUAAAGAUCACCCAGCUACAGCACAAACACACACACUCCUUGUCUGUGAGGUGUUCAGCUUCUACCAAGAAGAGACCGAGACUUACUGACAUACCACACAGCAGGUACCACGCCCUCCCUGCAGGUCAUCAAAAGUUAGACACCCCAGAAAGUCGACCGUUAACCCCAAAGCAGCAGCUAGACAUCCUGCAAGCUCAGGAGAUGCAAGAACAUGGAAGCCACACAGAACCUACUCAGGAAGACUUUGAGAGGUACAUGUACUACAUCACUGAGGGCAUCCAGAAGGACGUGCUGGCCCCUCAGCCACCUCAGCACGUUUCCAACAUUCUUCAGCUCCUUCCAGCCUGCUCUAGUGAAGAUGAGGCGCAAACACGACACGCUGGACUCCUGGAGGAAGUGGCCAGAGAUUACGACUUCAGCAUCCGCAAGAGCAUCGUGGAUUAUAUCCUGGAGGACCAUAAGGAACGAGAGCGUUUGUCCAUCUCCAGCGUUCCUCGUUCGUUUCCUCGGCGUGUGAUCCGUGCUCCGGUUCCCUGGAAUCAGAACUACCGAGACGCUCACAUCUGGAACACCCAGCACCUCUUUACUGUCAAUCCCAUGAUGCUUCACCUACAAGAACUUUGGAUCAACAAUUUCUCAGAUCUGAGGUUUGUGUGUUUGGAUGAUUUUUAUUCGGUGAAUCUGCCGCUGCUGCCGACUGAGUUUCAACAGUUCAUCCACAGUCAGUGUCAGAUCACCAGAAACAAGCUCAUCCACAAGUGGUUGCCCCAGUGUGCAUCUCUCUUCGGCGCCUGUAAGGAUGCGUGGUUGCCCCUGAUGCCGCAGAGCGAGGACGUUGCCCCGGUAACAGCGGAGGAGUUGUUCUCCUGUGUAGCUGCGCUGAUGUCACUGCAGCUGCGCAGCCUGGUUACUGCAUCACUGCAGGACCUGCUGCACAUCCUCACCCUGCACCAGGCGGGUAAUGAUUUUGGGGAGUGUUAUGAGGAGUUGAGGUACACACACCCUCCUCUUCUGCUGCUGAGGUUGAAGGUGGAGGAGAUGAGCAUCACGUUCCAGCCGUCACUGACUGAGUGCUGGAGGCUCAUCCAGGAAUCCUUCAUACACAUCAUCACCAGUGCUGAGUGUUUACCUAGGGUGGAGUGUAACCUGUUCCCAGACCUCCAGGACAGGAAUUUGGUCCUGUGCUCCGUCAGACCAGACGAGUCUCUUGUAUCAGACCUGCUUAAUCGAGCCAGAGUCGUCUUUCAGAGGAACACAGUCGGCCCGCAGAGGUAUCUGAACACGUACGAGAAGUACAAUAAUCUGCUGGAUAACUCAACCAGACAGGAGAUCCUCACGUUCCUCAACGAGAAACACUCACUACAGGCUUUUACUAAAAAGAUCCAGGAGGUGAAGAGCGUACAGAACGAGGUGGCGUCUCUGAGAGUCACCGUUCCUCUCUCGCUCUUCUGUCUGGAGGCUGUGAAGCUCCAUGAGGAUCUGUGUGAUCGUACAGAGAACCUGAUCCGACUUCUCAUCCACCACGAGCUGGAGGAGAACCGCCUGCUCAACAAGAGUAUCUGUCAGCGGUACGAGCAGAUCGUGGAUACAGUUACGACUUUACCGACGAACACUGAGGAACUCGUGGCGCUGGAUCAGUUCCUGACCCGAACCACAGAGGUCACCGCUCACACACUUCGGGAUGAGAUCGGUGAAGCUGCAGAGCGACUCCGGUUCCUGCUGGACUACGCCACGCUUACAGGGGGGGACGUUAAGCUGAACAGCGGUGUGUUCCACUGGCCUGAGCGACUGUAUCACGUGUGUGAGGGCAGCAGAGUCAAACUAGUGAAUGGCAGAGAACAUGCUGAAGACCAACUGUGCAAGAGGGUUGUGAAGCUGGAACACACACUGCAGGGUGCAGCUAAAGAUCUGGAGGUGUUUAAGAAGAAGGAAGUGAUGAGCGUGGAGGAGAUGAAGAAUAAUGUAAAGAAGCUCGGGGACAUCACGGCGUGUCUGGAGAGCGCAGUCACGGGAAUGGAGUGCAUUAAUAAGGAGGAGUGUUUAUUAGAGAAGGAACAGAGUCAGUUUCCUCUACUGCAGACCAUCAUGAGCAGCAAACAACCGUACGAUCAACUGUGGAGCACCGGGCUCACCUUCCACAGCCAAUCAGAUCUCUGGAUGAACGGACCGUUUGUACAGCUGAACUCUGAGCAGAUCUCUGAUGAGCUGAACUCGAUGUAUCGGUUGAUUUAUAAGCUGAUGAAGGUUUUCGGUGACGCGGCGGCUCCUCGCCGAGUGGCCGACAGCUUCCGGCUCAAAAUCGACAAGUUUAGACAACAUCUACCCGUCCUGAACACCAUCUGUAACCCGGGCAUCAAAGCCCGCCACUGGGAGAGGAUCAGCAGCAUCGUGGGGUUCCAGGUAAAGCCAGACGCAGAGACGUCCCUGUUCAACAUGCUGAAGCUCGGACUGUCCGAUCAUACUGACAAGCUAGAAGAGAUUGCGGCGUCGGCCAGUAAAGAGUACUCUCUAGAAAAAGCUCUGGAGAAGAUGAAGAGCGAGUGGGCAGAGCUUCAGCUCAGCUUCACUCAGUAUAGAGACACGGGUACGAGUGUGGUCUCAGCAGUGGACGAUAUUCAGGUUUUGUUGGACGAUCACAUUAUUAAGACUCAGACGAUGAAGGGAUCUCCGUUCAUCAAGCCCAUCGAAUCAGAGUGCAAGAUGUGGGAGGAGAAGCUGGUACAGAUGCAGGAUAUUCUAGAUGCCAUGUUGCAGUGCCAGUCCUCCUGGCUCUACCUGGAGCCCAUCUUCAGCUCCGAGGACAUCGUGGCCCAGAUGCCCGAGGAGGGACGCAAGUUCAGCAUCGUCGACACGUGCUGGAGGAGCAUCGUAAACCAAGCGCUGAAGGACACACACGUGCUAGUGGCCACGUCCCAGCCGAACAUGCUGGAGCGUCUGCAGGAGUCCAACACGUUUUUGGAGGAAAUUCAGCGCGGCUUAAACACCUACCUGGAAAAAAAGAGACUCUACUUCCCCAGGUUCUUCUUCCUCUCUAACGACGAGCUCCUGGAGAUCCUGUCCGAGACGAAGGAUCCUCUGAGGGUUCAGCCUCACCUGAAGAAAUGUUUCGAGGGAAUCGCCAAGCUGGAGUUCAGUCAGGACCUGGAGAUCUGCGGCAUGAUCAGCUCUGAGAGAGAGAGCGUCCCCUUCACACAGAACAUCUACCCCUCCGAGGCCAAGGGUAUGGUGGAGAAGUGGCUCCUGGAGGUGGAGCAGAUGAUGCUGAUGAGUGUAAGAGAUGUAAUUCAACAGGGCUUAGAACAGUACCCUGAGGUGGACAGGAAGAAAUGGGUCCUGCAGUGGCCUGGUCAGGUCGUGAUUUGUGCUUCGUCCAUCUUCUGGACCAGUGAAGUGUCUAACGCUAUACAGAACAACACACUACAUGCGUAUGUAGAUCAGUGUAACACUCAGAUAUCAGACAUUGUGGAGCUGGUUCGAGGGAAACUGUCAGCAGGAGCCAGACUGACUCUGGGAGCUCUAACAGUGAUAGACGUGCACGCGCGUGACGUGGUGAUGAAGCUGGUGCAGGACGGCGUUUCCUCUCUGAAUGAUUUCCAGUGGAUCUCUCAGCUGCGUUAUUACUGGGAGGAUGGAGACGUGGUGCUGAGGAUGAUCACCACCCAACUCACCUACGGUUACGAAUACCUGGGGAACUCACCACGCCUCGUCAUCACACCUCUCACAGACCGCUGCUACAGGACUCUAAUGGGAGCUCUGAAGCUGAAUCUGGGUGGAGCUCCAGAAGGACCUGCAGGAACAGGAAAGACUGAGACCACAAAAGAUCUGGCCAAAGCUCUGGCCAAACAGUGUGUAGUGUUUAACUGCUCAGAUGGGCUGGACUAUAAAGCCAUGAGUAAGUUCUUUAAAGGUCUGGCUCAGUCUGGAGCGUGGGCCUGCUUUGACGAGUUCAACCGCAUCGAGGUGGAGGUGUUAUCAGUGGUAGCUCAGCAGGUGUUGAGUAUCCAACAGGCCAUCAUGAGGGACCUGAAGCGCUUCAUGUUUGAGGGAACCGAGCUCUCUCUCAAUCCAACCUGCUGCGUCUUCAUCACCAUGAACCCCGGAUACGCUGGCCGAGCCGAGCUUCCCGAUAACCUUAAAGCUCUGUUCCGUACGGUGGCCAUGAUGGUGCCGGAUUACGGCCUGAUCGGAGAGAUAUCGCUCUACUCCAUGGGCUUCAUUCAGUCUCGCAGCCUGGCGCAGAAGAUCGUAGCGACGUAUCGCCUGUGCUCGGAGCAGCUCUCCUCCCAGCAUCACUACGACUACGGCAUGCGCGCCGUCAAAUCCGUCCUGACUGCAGCCGGGAACCUGAAGCUGAAGUUCCCACAGGAGGACGAGAGCGUCCUGCUGCUCCGGGCGCUGAUGGACGUCAACAUGGCCAAGUUCCUCGCUCAGGACGUUCCUCUCUUCCAGGGGAUCAUCUCAGAUCUGUUUCCUGGAGUGAUGCUACCUAAACCAGAUUAUGAGCUCCUGCUCAGAGCUCUGCAUGAGAACAUCAGCAAACUCAAACUGCAGCCGGUGCCCUGGUUCAUCAGCAAGAUCAUACAGGUGUAUGAGAUGAUGCUGGUGAGACAUGGCUUCAUGAUUGUUGGGGAUCCAAUGGGAGGAAAAACCUCAGCGUAUAAGGUUUUGGCAGGAGCUCUCGGAGAUCUGUUCAAGGGAGGACUAAUGGAGGAGUGUGCGGUGGAUUUUCGGAUCAUUAACCCUAAAGCCGUCACCAUGGGGCAGCUGUACGGCUGUUUUGACCCGGUGAGCCACGAGUGGACGGACGGUGUACUGGCCACGUCGUUUCGGGAGCAGGCUCAGUCCACGUCCGAGAAUCGUCAGUGGAUCAUCUUCGACGGGCCGGUCGAUGCCGUGUGGAUUGAGAACAUGAACACCGUUCUGGACGACAACAAGAAGUUGUGUUUGAUGAGCGGUGAGAUCAUCCAGAUGAGUCCUAAGAUGAGCUUGAUCUUUGAACCAGCCGACCUGGAGCAGGCCUCACCGGCUACUGUCAGCAGGUGUGGAAUGAUCUACAUGGAGCCACACCAGCUGGGUUGGACUCCUCUCAGAGACUCCUACAUGAACACCCUGCCAGAUCAUCUCAGCCCAGAACACAGAGAACUGAUUGUGGAUCUGUUUGACUGGCUGCUGCCACCCUGUCUGGACUUCAUUACCCAUAAUUGUCGUUUCUUGGUGCAAACGUCCCCCAUUCACCUCGCCUACACCCUCAUGCGCCUGUAUUCCUGUCUGCUCGAUGAUAUUGUGGUGGCGGGUCAGGACGGGGCGGAGUCGGUAUCCAGCCAGCAGAUGACCAUGUGGCUGCAGAGUCUGUUCCUAUUCGCUGUGGUGUGGACGGUGGGCGGGACUAUAAAUGGCGAGAGCAGGAAGAAGUUCGACGUGUUUUACAGGAAUCUGCUGACGGGAACGAUGGAGCAACAUCCGAGACCCAAGAGCGUCAAACUGACCAAGAGCAGCACCUUCCCCGAAAAAGGUUCAGUCUACGAUUAUUAUUUCCAUAAAGUCGGAUCUGGUCAGUGGAACACGUGGACCGACUCCAUCACUACAGAGGAGAACACUAUUCCACCUGGAGCUAAUGUAUCAGAUCUGAUCAUCCCCACCAUGGAGACGGCUCGUCAGUUCUUCUUCUUGAGGACGUACCUGUCUCACCACGUACCCGUGCUCUUCGUGGGACCGACGGGUACCGGGAAGUCCGUCAUCAAUUCCAGUUUCCUGAUGUCGCUGCCCAAAGAUCAGUACACGCCCAACUGCAUCAACUUCUCCGCCCGCACGUCCGCCGGCCAGGUACAGGACAUCGUCAUGGCCAAGCUGGACCGGCGACGGAAGGGCGUGUUCGGACCGCCGCUGGGGAGGAAGUGCGUCAUCUAUGUUGAUGACCUCAACAUGCCAGCCAAGGAGGUUUACGGUGCUCAGCCCCCCAUUGAGCUGCUGCGUCAGUGGAUCGAUCAUCAGCACUGGUAUGACAAAAAGGACACGUCCAGGCUUGACCUCGUGGAUGUGCUGUUCAUCUCUGCUAUGGGGCCCCCUGGUGGUGGGAGGAACGACAUUACAGGUCGCUUUACACGGCAUCUAAACAUCGUAUCGAUCGAAUCGUUUGAUGACGAGACUCUCAGUAAGAUUUUCACCACCAUCACUGACUGGCACUUCAGCAAGGGCUUCGACCCCUCCUUCUACAGGCUGGGUAAGAUCCUGGUUCAGGCCACCAUGGCGGUGUAUAAAGACGCUAUAAAGAAUUUCCUCCCCACGCCGUCCAAAUCUCACUACAUCUUCAACCUGAGAGACUUCAGCAGAGUCAUCAGAGGAGUUCUGCUCUGUCCUCAUACACACAUGCAGGACGGUGAUAAACUCAUCAGGUUAUGGAUCCAUGAGGUGUACCGAGUCUUCUACGACCGCCUGAUCGACAGUGAGGACCAACAGACCUUCUUCAGCGUGGUCAGAGAGAGAACGUCCAGCUUCUUCAAACAGACUCUGGAUAAGCUCCUGUGCCACCUCUCCCUCAGUGGUCAGGUCUCGGAUGAGAGCGUUCGCUCCCUGUUGUUCGGUGAUUACUCCAGCGUGGACUCGGAGGUGACCAGGACGUACGAUGAGAUCCGGGACGUGCGCUCUCUCGCCUCGGUGAUGGAGCAGCACCUCCAGGAGUUCAACGCCGUCAGCACCGCGCCCAUGAACCUGGUCAUGUUCCAGUUCGCCAUCGAGCACGUCUCCCGGAUCUGCCGCGUCCUCAAGCAGGACAACGGUCACCUGCUCCUCGUGGGCAUCGGGGGCUCGGGGCGGAGCAGCGCCGCCAAGCUGGCCACCUUCAUCAGCCAGUACGAGCUGUUCCAGGUGGAGCCCACCAGGAGCUACGGUCCGGCCGAGUGGAGGGACGACCUGAAGCGCGUGAUGAUGAAGGCCGGCGUGGAGGGCACGAGGACCACCUUCCUGCUGGGGGACGGCCAGAUGAAGGACGAGACCUUCGUGGAGGACGUGAACACGCUGCUGAACGCCGGGGACGUCCCCAACAUGUUCGCUCAAGACGAGCGUGCCGAAAUCACCGAGAGGAUGCAGGGCGUGGCCAAGGUGGAGGGGCGGAGGGUGGAGGCCACGGUGCUGUCCAUGUACAACUACUUCAUAGAGAGGGUCAAGCAGAACCUGCAUAUAGUCCUGGCCAUGAGUCCGAUCGGUGACGUGUUCCGGAAGCGGUUGAGGAUGUUCCCGUCUCUGAUUAACUGCUGUACCAUCGACUGGUUCCGGGCGUGGCCCACUGACGCUCUGGAGAUGGUGGCUCAUAAGUUCCUGGAGGACGUGGAGCUGGAGGAUCACAUCAGAACCGAGGUGGUGGAGAUGUGUAAGAUGUUUCAGGAGAACGUACAGAAGCUCUCCCAGCGUUAUCACUCACAGUUACGCAGGUAUAACUACGUGACUCCCACCUCGUACCUGGAGCUCAUCCUCACCUUCAAAUCCCUCCUGAGGUCCAAGCGCAGUGAGGUGGACACCUUCAGGAGGCGCUACCUCAUCGGCCUGGACAAACUGGACUUCGCUGCUUCACAGGUAGCGGUGAUGCAGCAGGAGCUGACGGCUCUCCAGCCAGAGCUGAUCCGAACCUCGGCAGAAACGGAUGAGAUGAUGGUGAAGAUCGAGAAGGAGACGGUGGAGGUGGACGCUAAGAAAGAGCUGGUCGCCGCCGAUGAGAAAGUGGCUAACGAGGCAGCAGCGGCUGCCAAAUCCAUCAAGGAUGAGUGUGAGGGUGACCUGGCAGAAGCGAUGCCGGCUCUGGAAGCAGCUCUCUCGGCUCUGGAUACACUGAAACCCGCCGACAUCACGGUUAUAAAGUCCAUGCAGAAUCCGCCGGGUCCGGUGAAACUGGUCAUGGAAUCUAUCUGUGUGAUGAAGGGCAUCAAACCGGAGAGGAAACCUGAUCCCAACGGCUCUGGUAAGAUGAUUGAGGAUUACUGGGGUCCAUCCAAGAAGCUGCUGGGUGACAUGAAGUUCCUAGAGAAUCUGAAAGCCUUCGACAAAGACAACAUCCCCGCCGCCAACAUCAAGAAGAUCCGCGAGAAGUUCAUCGAAAAUCCUGAGUUCCAACCCUCGCUGAUCAAAAGCGUCUCGUCCGCUUGCGAGGGCUUAUGCAAGUGGGUCAGAGCCAUGGAGGUGUACGAGCGCGUGGCCAAAGUGGUGGCUCCGAAGAAAGAGCGCCUCCGUGAGGCGGAGGAAGAGCUCGCGGCCCAGAUGCAGACCCUCUCUGUGAAACGUGCCGAGCUGAAAGCCGUGGAGGACCGUCUGAGCGCGCUGAACGACACAUUCGCAGCGAUGAUGCAGAAGAAGAAGGACCUGGAGAACAACAUCGAGCAGUGCUCUCAGAAGCUGAUCCGGGCCGAGAAGCUGAUCGGUGGUCUGGGAGGGGAGAAGGACAGGUGGACAGAGGCGGCCCGACUCCUGGGCAUCAGAUACACCAACCUGACCGGGGAUGUGCUGCUGUCCUCGGCCACAGUCUCAUACCUUGGUGCUUUUACUGUGGAUUACCGCGUGGAAUGCCAGCGUGAAUGGCAUGAGAUCUGCUUGAGAAGACGAGUGCCAUGUUCCGAGGACUUCACGCUCAGCAACACCCUUGGCAACCAGGUUCAAAUACGUGCAUGGCGGAUUGCAGGGUUACCUGUGGACUCCUUCUCCACAGACAACGGCAUCGUGGUGUCAAAUUCUCGCCGCUGGCCGCUCAUGAUAGACCCACAGGGACAGGCCAACAAGUGGAUCAAGAACAUGGAGAAGACCAACAAGCUGGCUGUUAUCAAGCUUUCUGAUAGCAACUACAUCCGAACCUUGGAAAACGCCAUUCAGUUUGGGACUCCUGUUCUCCUGGAGAACGUUGGCGAGGAGCUGGAUGCAGUUCUAGAUCCUGUUCUCCUAAAGCAGACUUUCAAACAGCAAGGAGUGGAGUACAUCAAGCUAGGCGAGAACGUCAUCGAAUAUUCCAAAGACUUCUUGUUCUACAUGACUACAGGCCUGAGGAACCCACACUACCUCCCAGAAGUGGCUGUAAAGGUGUGCCUGCUGAAUUUUAUGAUCACCCCACUAGGACUGCAAGACCAGCUCCUGGGCAUCGUCGCCGCCAAGGAGAAACCAGAAUUGCAGGAGAAGAAGAACCAGCUGAUUCUAGAAAGUGCAGCCAAUGCCAAACAGCUGAAGGAGAUAGAGGACAAGAUACUGGAGGUGCUCUCCUCGUCUCAGGGAAACAUCCUGGAAGACGAGACGGCCAUCAAGGUUCUGUCGUCCUCCAAGGUCUUGUCGGAGGAGAUCACCGAAAAGCAGAAGAUCGCGAGUGAGACGGAGCAGGAGAUCGAUCAGACCAGGAUGGGAUAUCGUCUUGUCGCUGAGCACUCGUCCAUCCUGUUCUUCUGCAUCUCUGAGCUGGCCAACAUUGAGCCGAUGUAUCAGUACUCGCUCACCUGGUUUAUCGGUCUCUACCUUCAGUCCAUCUCUCAAAGUGCACCGAGUGAAGACCUACCCACUCGCAUCAGCAACAUCCUGGAGGACUUCACCAUCAGCAUCUACAACAACGUCUGCCGCUCACUCUUCGAGAAGGACAAGCUGCUCUUCUCGCUUCUACUUACCAUCGGCAUCAUGCAGGGCAAGGGUCAAGUCAACGACCUGGUCUGGCGCUUCCUGCUUACCGGUGGUGUCGCCCUUGAUAACCCGCACCCAAAUCCUGCCCCCGAGUGGCUGACGGACAAAGCGUGGUCCGAGGUGGUCCGAGCUUCCAAGCUCCCGAAGCUGGACGGUCUCUUCGAAGACGUUCGUAACAACACUGCAGACUGGAAACGGAUUUACGACUCGAGUCAGCCCCAUAAGGAGCAGCUCCCUGGGAAAUGGUGCACCCUGGUGGGCAUGGAGUGCAUGGUGGUGCUGCGCUGCUUCCGCCCAGAUAAACUCGUCCCUGCCGUUCAGGACUUCAUCGUGGACAACAUGGGCCAGACCUACAUCGAACCACCGACCUUUGACCUGGCAAAGAGCUACAACGACUCCAACUGCUGCUCGCCGCUCAUCUUCAUACUGUCGCCGGGAUCGGACCCCACCGCAGUGUUGCUGAAGUUUGCGGAGGAUCUGAAUAUGGGCGGCAAUAAGACCCAGGCGGUGUCUCUUGGUCAAGGACAAGGCCCUAUCGCUGCUAACCUCAUCAACUCAGCACUCAGCAACGGUACCUGGGUACUCUUGCAGAACUGUCACCUGGCGACCAGCUGGAUGCCCACACUGGAGAAGAUCUGUGAGGAGGUGCUCACGCCUGAGAACACACACCCUGAUUUCAGGCUGUGGUUGACCAGUUACCCCUGUGAGAAGUUUCCAGUCAGUAUCCUGCAGAAUGGAGUGAAGAUGACGAAUGAACCUCCAAAAGGACUGAGAGCCAAUCUGCUGCGCUCUUACCUUUCUGACCCCAUCUCUGAUCCAGCUUUCUUCAGCAGCUCCACCAAACCACAGGCCUGGCAGAAGCUGCUUUUUGGCCUCUGCUCCUUCCACGCACUGGUCCAGGAGAGGAGAACCUAUGGCCCACUAGGCUGGAACAUCCCGUAUGAGUUUAACGAAUCAGACCUGCGGAUCAGCAUGCGUCAGAUCCAGAUGUUCCUGGAUGAGUAUGAGGAGAUUCCUCUGGAGGCACUGACCUACCUGACUGGUGAGUGUAAUUACGGUGGAAGAGUGACCGAUGAUAAGGACCGUAGGCUCCUGCUGUCUCUGCUCUCAACCUUCUACAGCUGGGAUCUCAUCCACCAUCACUCAUACUCCCUGUGUGAGGGGAACAUCUACUAUGUACCACCACACGGUCCCUACCAGAGCUACCUGGACUACAUCAGGAACCUGCCAAUCACGGCAGAGCCCGGCGUCUUCGGCCUUCACAGCAACGCCGACAUCACCAAGGACAACCAGGAGACCAAUCAGCUUUUAAACGGGGUGUUGCUGACCCUGCCCAGACAAACAGGGGGCGGGGCCAAGUCUCCUCAGGAAGUGGUAGAUGAGCUGGCGGAGGACAUCAUGCUGAAGUUACCCGGUGAUUUUGAUGUUGAGGAUGUGAUGGUUAAAUAUCCGGUGAAGUACGAGGAGUCCAUGAAUACAGUCCUGCGCCAGGAGAUCAUCCGCUUCAACAGGUUGACGCAGGUGGUCCGCAGCAGUCUGACCAGUAUCCGGAGGGCUCUGAAGGGGCAGGUGGUGAUGUCGGCCGAGCUGGAGAACGUCUUCAACAGCAUGCUGGUGGGGAAGGUUCCGGCCCUGUGGGCUGCUAAGUCAUACCCAUCUCUCAAACCGCUGGGGAGCUACGUGUCUGACCUGCUGUCCAGACUGACCUUCCUACAGGAGUGGAUAGAUAACGGACCCCCCACUGUGUUCUGGCUCUCCGGGUUCUACUUCACUCAGUCCUUCCUCACCGGAGUGUCUCAGAACUUUGCACGCAGAUACACCGUCCCCAUCGACCACGUGGGCUUCGAGUUCCAGGUGAUGAAGCAGGAGGGCGAGAUGGAGGUGAAGCCGGAGGACGGCGCGUACGUCCGCGGUCUGUUCCUGGAGGGCGCUCGCUGGGACCGGGAGCGCAUGCUCAUCGGAGAAUCGCUCCCUAAGAUCCUCUUCGACUCGCUGCCCGUCAUCUGGCUGAAGCCCGGCGAGAGCGGCGGGUUCCUGCACCAGGGCGUGUACACGUGUCCGGUAUACAAGACCAGCGCCAGGAGGGGAACCUUAUCCACCACGGGGCACUCCACCAACUACGUCCUGCCCAUCGAGCUGCCCUCGGACCGGCCUCAGAAACACUGGAUCGACCGCGGCGUGGCCGCCCUGUGCCAGCUGGAUGACUGACCGCGCCCGCUCACAACCCGGGACUGGAACUGGACCAGAAGCUUUAAGUUUCCAAUUAAACUAUUCAUUCAAAUA